UAAAUGGUUUAUUCAUUGUGUGUUUAUUUAGGUAAUACUACAUGAUAAUACGAAGGACACGACCUUUGAAAUACCAAGUUCAAUAGGAAAGUAUAUCAAAUAAUAAAAAAAUGAGAUAGAUGGGAGAAAGUGAUUGUAGGUCAUCAGCACAGAAUAUUCAUAUUUUUACCUACUUUCACAUCAGAAAACUUCUCAUUGCUCAGUCUAAGUGAAAGAUGUUGGACCUAAACUAUGUUAGAAUUGUGUUCUCGUUGUUGACGACAUGUAUGAUACUAUUGGGAAGUUUGGUAAAUACAUUUGAAAAGUAUAUACCGGUGAUAUUUAGUCAAGCCUUACGGUAUGGCAAAUUCUCUCACAAAGGUCGACCUCUCUUUAUAGUUAUUGAGGUACCCAAAGCUUGGUUUAGGCAUUUCUAUGUGUAUUCCUUCGUGUUAACAACUGCGACUUUAGUGUUUUUAUCUGCCGUUUUUGUAUUCAAAGUGGAAGUUCCUGUUUUCGUUUACGAUGUAUUGGAUCUUGUUGGGGGCUCUUUUCGACUGGCAAGCAUAAGCAAUACUUCUGCCUUCGUGGGAAUGAGCUUGCUGACAUUGCAGUGUUGCCGAAGGUUUUAUGAUACACUGUUUGUAUCUGUGUUUUCAAAAAGUGGACGGAUGAACAUUGCGCAGUACUUGGCCGGUUAUUUUCAUUAUUCAGGAUGCAUCCUUGCAAUUUUGUUGGAGACAUCGAAAUUUGUACGCAACACUUCUUUAGGUGCUGAUUUGCACUGGGAAGAUUUAGGUUUAAAAGAUGCUUUCGCCGUGGUACUGUUCUUAUGGGCAUGGAAGCAUCAGUACAAUGUGACUGUGAUAUUAGCGAAUUUAAGGAAAAAUAAGAAAGGGAACGUAGUCACCGAAGCACAUGGGCUUCCACAUGGUGACUGGUUUGACUAUGUCUCCUCGCCACAUAUACUAGCUGAAUUAUUAAUGUAUAUUGCUUUAACGGUUAUUUUAUGGGGGAAUGUCACCUGGCUUUAUAUUUUUUCGUGGGUUUUAACCAAUCAGGUGGAGACUGCAUUAUUAACACAUUGGUGGUACAAAGACAAUUUCUCGAACAUUCCAAAAAAUCGAAAAGCAAUUAUUCCGUACAUUUACUAAUUAAAUUACAACUAAAUCAGUUUAAAUAUUGUAGUAGAUCGCCUAGUUUGUCCAGAUAAACAUCGGGAACCAAUUCAUUUUCCUCCACAUUUUCUGAUUCCUUCCACUGGAGUACCUCAUUCAAUGUCGUUACACCAGUAAGCACCAGCAUCGUUUGGAAACCGCACCGUGUUCCCAAUAAUAUGUCUGUAUUACACCUAUCACCGAUCAUGAGUGUACGUUUGGGAUUAAUGCCGUAUUCCUUAAUCAAGGCAUUGCAGAUGUAUGUAUACGGUUUACCAAGGACAAAUGGUUCA